AUGAACUCACUUGAUUCUAAUAAAUCACACACUACUGAUUCUGGCCAUGCUCGUCUUCACGAACUCGGUUACAAACAAGAACUCAAACGCGACCUAUCGGUUCUUUCCAAUUUUGCGUUUUCAUUUUCGAUUAUAUCAGUGUUAACUGGAGUAACCACACUUUACAAUACUGGUUUGAAUUACGGAGGUCCUGUUUCGCUUGUUUAUGGAUGGCUUAUAGCUUCCGCUUUCACCAUGCUUGUUGCUUUGUCAAUGGCGGAAAUUUGUUCUUCUUAUCCGACUUCCGGCGGACUUUAUUAUUGGAGUGCUAAGCUUGCUGGUCCGAAUUGGGCACCUUUUGCUUCCUGGAUUACUGGAUGGUUCAAUAUUGUUGGUCAGUGGGCAGUGACAACAAGUGUAGAUUUUUCACUUGCACAGCUUAUUCAGGUUAUCGUUCUUCUUAGUACUGGUGGCAAAAAUGGUGGCGGUUAUGAAGGAUCUAAAUAUGUAACUAUUGCUUUACAUUGUGGAAUUUUGGUCCUACAUGGUAUAAUAAACAGCCUUCCAAUUUCAUGGUUAUCGUUCUUAGGCCAGUUGGCUGCUUUCUGGAAUGUUUUAGGUGUUUUUGUGCUUAUGAUUGUCAUUCCAUGUGUUGCACCGGAAAGAGCUAGUGCCAAAUUUGUUUUCACUAACUUCAAUAGCGACAACGGGGCAGGAAUCAGUAGUAAACCCUAUAUAUUUCUCUUGGGACUUCUAAUGAGUCAGUACACCCUAACAGGAUAUGAUGCAUCAGCUCAUAUGACAGAGGAAACAAAGGAUGCUGAUAUAAAUGGACCAAAAGGAAUUAUCAGUGCUGUUGGGAUAUCUGUUAUUGCUGGAUGGGGUUACAUACUAGGAAUCACCUUUGCUGUUACUGACAUUCCUUACCUUUUGGAUGAAAAUAACGAAGCUGGUGGAUAUGCCAUUGCUGAAGUAUUUUAUCUUGCAUUUAAGAGAAGAUUCGGCCAUGGAGUUGGUGGAAUUAUUUGCUUGGGAAUUGUUGCUGUUGCUAUAUUUUUCUGUGGUAUGAGUUCAGUUACAGCCAAUUCAAGAAUGGCUUAUGCUUUCUCAAGAGACGGGGCCAUGCCAUUGUCGUCUUUGUGGCAUAAGGUUAACAAACAGGAGAUCCCCGUAAAUGCAGUUUGGCUUUCUGUUUUGAUAUCUUUUUGCAUGGCACUACCGUCUCUUGGAAGUAUAGUGGCAUUUGAGGCCAUGGUGUCCAUAGCAGUGAUUGGCCUCUACAUUGCAUAUGCAAUACCUAUCUUCCUCAGAGUGACCUUGGCGCAGAAGCGGUUUAUUGCAGGGCCUUUCAACUUGGGUCAUUACGGAGUCAUUGUUGGUUGGAUUGCAGUUAUUUGGGUGGCAACAAUCUCUAUACUAUUCUCAUUACCUGUUUCAUAUCCAAUAACCAUUAAGACACUUAACUACACACCUGUUGCUGUUGGAUGUUUGCUUAUUAUUGUACUUGCUUAUUGGUUAUUCAGUGGUAGGCAUUGGUUUAAAGGCCCUAUAACCAAUAUACAAAAGUGA